AGAGUGUUCCUAUAACUUCUUAUCAUGUUGGAACGGAGCCUGAACAAGGAAAUCUCUACUCUCCAGAGCAGACAUCGCUCCAUGAAAGAUCAGCUGGUAACUCUAGAAGUUCAACACAGAUGAAUUCAUAUUCUGAUAGUGGGUACCAGGAAGUAGGCAGUUUCCAUAACAGCCAGAACCCAGGAAAAGGAGAGAACAGACAGCAGCAUCCCUUUGCAGGAGCAAAUAACAACCAUUUAGUGAGAAGUUCACGAGCUGAAGGACAAGCUUUGGUACAGACAGCACCAAACAUAGCUUCCAACAGAGCCAUGAGACGUGUAAGUUCUGUUCCAUCAAGGGCCCAAUCUCCCUCAUAUGUAACCACUACAGGAGUUUCCCCUUCAAGGGGAUCACUCAGAACUUCUUUAGGAAGUGGCUAUGGUUCGCCAUCUAUUACUGAAUCACGAUCUGUCAGCUCUAAUGUUUUCUCAACAUUACCUGUUCAAAGAGCAGCAUCUCCAUUUACUACACAGAGGCCUGCCUCACCAGUAGCAGUGCGCCGAAUUGGUUCAAUAACAUCUAGGCAAUCAACCAACCCCAAUGGAGGAACUCCCCAAUACCAGCCUUCAGUCAGAGUUGGUUCACCUCUCACAAUAAAUGACACGCAGACAAGAGUAGCCUCUCCACCCUUAACCCAAGUUGGAUCUUCAUCACCAAAGCGUUCUGGGAUGACUGCUGUUCCACAACAUUUGGGAACAUCUUUACAACGGACACUUCAUGACAUUGAGCAAUAUGCACAACAGUAUGAUAUCUAUGAAAGAAUGGUCCCACCUCGUCCAGACAGCCUUACAGGCUUAAGGAGUUCAUAUGCUAGUCAACAUAGUCAGCUUGGCCAGGAGCUACGUUCUAAUGUAUCUCCUGAUUUACACAUCACCCCCAUUUAUGAAGGUAGACCCUAUUAUAGUCCAGUGUACCACAGUCCAAGCCAUGGAACAGGUGAUAUACACCAAGGAUCCCAAACUGCAUUAUAUCGAACUGGCUCAGAACCCUACAGGUCACUUCAUUAUCGGAUGUCUGAAUCAAAUUACAACAGGAUGCAACAUGCAGUCCCUGCUGAUGAUGGAACAACAAGAUCUCCAUCUAUAGACAGCAUCCAGAAAGAUCCCAGAGAAUUUGCAUGGCGGGAUCCAGAGUUGCCAGAGGUCAUUCACAUGCUUCAGCACCAGUUCCCAUCAGUUCAGGCUAAUGCUGCAGCCUACCUACAGCAUCUGUGCUUUGGAGAUAAUAAAGUAAAAACUGAGGUAUGCAGGUUAGGAGGAAUCAAACAUUUGGUUGACUUGUUAGACCACAGAGUUCUUGAAGUUCAGAAGAAUGCUUGUGGUGCGCUGCGGAACCUGGUGUAUGGGAAAUCUACAGAUGAAAAUAAAAUAGCAAUGAAAAAUGUUGGUGGAAUACCUGCACUUUUACGGUUGCUAAGAAAAUCAAUUGAUGCAGAAGUAAGAGAACUUGUCACAGGUGUCCUCUGGAACCUGUCUUCAUGUGAUGCAGUAAAAAUGACAAUCAUUCGAGAUGCUCUAGCAACAUUAACAAACAGUGUGAUAGUUCCUCAUUCUGGAUGGAAUAAUUCUUCCUUUGAUGAUGAUCAUAAAAUUAAAUUUCAAACUUCUUUAGUUCUGCGCAACACAACAGGUUGCCUAAGGAAUUUAAGUUCUGCAGGAGAAGAGGCACGGAAACAAAUGAGAUCUUGUGAAGGAUUGGUUGAUUCUUUGUUAUAUGUGAUCCAUACAUGUGUGAACACUUCUGAUUAUGACAGCAAGACAGUCGAAAACUGUGUGUGCACACUUCGGAACCUUUCUUACCGUCUAGAGCUUGAGGUUCCUCAGGCCCGCCUUUUAGGCAUCAGUGAGCUGGAUGACUUUUUGGGGAAGGAAUCACCCAGCAAAGAUUCGGAGUCAAGCUGCUGGGGGAAAAAGAAGAAGAAAAAGAAAAAAACUUUGCAAGAGGAUCAGUGGGAUGGAGUUGGUCCAAUACCAGGGUUGUCCAAAUCUCCUAAAGGUGUGGAAAUGCUGUGGCACCCAUCUGUAGUAAAACCGUAUCUAACUCUUCUAGCUGAAAGUUCCAACCCUGCUACUUUAGAAGGUUCUGCAGGGUCUCUCCAGAAUCUUUCUGCAGGCAACUGGAAGUUUGCAGCCUAUAUUCGAGCUGCUGUCAGAAAAGAAAAAGGGCUUCCAAUUCUCGUGGAAUUGCUAAGAAUGGACAACGACAGAGUUGUUUCUUCUGUGGCAACAGCGCUGAGAAAUAUGGCAUUAGAUGUGCGUAACAAGGAGCUUAUUGGUAAAUAUGCUAUGCGGGACUUGGUAAAUCGCCUCCCGGGAGGCAGUGGGCCCAACAUCCUCUCCGAUGAAACAGUAGCAGCCAUCUGCUGUGCUUUGCACGAGGUCACCAGCAAAAACAUGGAAAAUGCAAAAGCCUUGGCCGAUACGGGAGGGAUAGAAAAACUGGUGAACAUAACCAAAGGAAGAGGGGACAGAUCAUCACUGAAAGUUGUCAAAGCAGCAGCCCAGGUGCUCAACACAUUAUGGCAAUAUCGUGACCUCCGUAGCAUUUAUAAAAAGGAUGGUUGGAAUCAAAAUCAUUUUAUCACUCCUGUGUCAACACUUGAACGUGAUAGAUUCAAGUCACAUCCCUCCUUGUCUACAACGAAUCAGCAGAUGUCACCUAUUAUUCAAUCCGUUGGCAGCACAUCUUCAUCACCAGCACUCUUGGGAAUUAGAGACCCUCGUUCUGAAUAUGAUAGGACCCAGACCUCUAUGCAAUAUUACAGUAGCCAAGGUGAUGGGAUUGCACACAAAGACAUCUAUACUGGCUCUAGUAAACCUUCGCCAAUUUAUAUCAGUUCCUAUUCUUCACCAGCACGGGACCAAAAUCGGCGCCUACAGCAUCAGCACUUGUACUACAGUCAAGAUGAUUCCAACAGAAAGCAUUAUGAUGCAUACAGAUUAUAUUUGCAAUCCCCACAUAGUUAUGAAGACCCAUAUUUUGAUGAUCGGGUUCACUUUCCAGCUGCUACAGAUUAUACAACACAGUAUGGACUGAAAUCAACCACAAACUAUGUAGAUUUCUAUUCUACCAGACGACCUUCUUACAGAACAGAACAAUAUCCUGGGUCCCCUGACUCUUGGGUGUAGCAUUCAUAAAUCAUACAGUUUCUUUCUAACUUUGCUUGAGAAGAAAUGAGUAAUGGUUUCACUGUUUUGAGGGAGAAGUGCGAAAGUGAAUUACAAAGAAGGAAGGAAGGAAGAGUUUUAAUAAUCUGGAUGACAGGAGAGAAAUUGGAAAGAGAAUGUUUGCUCUGUUUAGAUUUUAGAUCUAAUUACUUGUAGUUCCUGUAGUUCGGUGAAGGUGUGGGCAAUGUGAUGAAAGGUUUGAGAAUUGAGGGAAAAUGGAUUUGGGAAAUGUGUAGAUCAGAUCAAAUUACAGAUGAUUUUUUUAAAAAAUGUGAAUAGAAGUCUUGUUCUCAUAGUUGUACAGAAAAAGCCGAGAUGCCAUUUUGUUUUACCGCUAUUACUAAAUGUCAAGAUUGUAUGCUAUCAUGUCUUGUAAAUUUCUUUUUAGUUGUUGUAAAUAUGGAAAUGCCACAUUGGUUAGAAGUGCCAUCGUUUUAAUGCCAUGUGUCAUUUUAAAACUGCUUUCAAAUAUUGACAACUUUAGCAAGAGAAAGAGAGGACAUAUAUGGAAUUGAUUGUUAUAAAUAAAUAUCAUUUGGUUUUUAAAACGAAUAGUGUACUUUUGAAGCACAAACUUCAGUCCAAUAUAUCUGCACCUUUCUCAUUCUUUGCCUCUUUCCCAGAAUACUUCACUGCCAUUUUUAUUGCCUAUGGGGAAAAAAUAAAUAUGGACAUCUCAGCCAUGAAAACUAGUUCCCUUCUCAUUCUUCUUUAUUUUUCAUGUUUACUGUUAAAGAACAAAACAGUUGUAAAUGCUCACUGUGAGUUGUAAAAUUGGAUUUAAAUAUAUGCAUAUGCAAAAAUUUUGGCAAUUUUUUUUUUGUUGUCCAGGAUUUAUUUCUUAUUUGUCGAAACAUGCAAUUAUGCACUUUUCAGUCAUCUUUUUUUUUAUUUCCCAGCAUCCAUUAUUUUAUGCUGUUCACAGUUUAUUGUCUUUCUGUUCAAAAAUACAUGAAGUGGAAUAAAGUUUUUUCUCUUU